GUUUCAAUUUCCACUUUCUUCAUGUUCAACUUUACCUUUCAAUUUCAUCGUACUAUUUUCGCCGUUUAUUUUGUUCCCUGUUUGGUCAUCGAGAUUUUGUUAUUUUCGUUCAUCUUUUGUUGGAAUUAAAUUAUUCAUGUUAUAUAAAGCCCUAGAUUAGGUGCUAACUGUAUCAAGGUCGAAGAAUUAUGGCAUUUCCUGAUAGACUUGGUUGUUGUAAAAUUUAUAGCCUCUGCACAAGAGAAAAUUAAGAAAAAGAAAGCUUAUUUGGAAACUGAAAUUAGCAUAAAUUAGUUUAGGUAUAAGUUAAUUUUAACUUAUUUAGAAGCUAAUUUGAAGUUUCUUCUAUUAGCUUUUUCUCUUUGAAGUGUUUUGUGGAAAUAUGUGUGAAUCAAUAGAGCCGAGGGAAUCAUAUGUAUAAAAUAUUAAAAUAUUUACGAAGAGAAAUUAAUUCGUGAUUGAUAGCUAAAACAAUGGAGGGUGGUUUUCACGAUACCCUGACCCUUUAGUACGCUUUAUUUUUUCGUUUUGGAUACUCCCUUAUUCUCGAAAGGUAUAGACUUUUAGGUAUUCAAUUUUGUUUCUAUUUAUAUCAGUGUGUUUGGAUUCACCCAAAUGAAAUGAUGGCGUUAGAAAGCCAAGAAGACAGUCCAUUUCUUUGCUAACCUUAUUUUUGUCAUUUAGGUAUCUCUGCCUAAUGUAUUUGUUUUUCAAUUCUUUCUAUCAGUAUACAACUGGAAUUAUUUGUUGAUAUUUGAUCUAUGUAGUCAAGUUCACUUAGUGGACAAAGACUUUUAUUGUUGUUUUGUUGUACAAUCGGAACUAUUUUAUAGUAUUGCUAGUCCUUGUGUGAUUGCCCAAAUGUGGCUUUUGGGACAAGGAAUGUUUGAACAUUGUUGGGAAAUUGGGAUAGGUAUAAAAGUUUCUAAUGUUUUAUAGAAUAAAAUAAGCUUACUUCUAGGGACAAUAAUCAUAUAUGUAGCGAGUUGCAUCAAUUUUCCUAUGGCGAAGAUUUAAUAGUUCAAGUCAUAAUCAAAUUGUGAGAUUUGAGUUGUUAUACUCUUAAGUAGAAAAAGUUGUGUCCUAACUAUUAAUUAUAUUUUUUUGCUUAAUGGUAAACACUUGAUCCAACAAAUUACAAAUGAUCUCAUUUCCAGUAAAGUGGUUUAGUUAAGAAUGAAAGAUUUUCUUACCUAGUGCCACUUUUGUUUUUUGAGUGGAACCGCUGCCCCUUAAAUAAUAGGGAUUUUGAAAAUGAAUGAGUAAAUCCCAGUAAUUUUAAACUUUGAAUUUCUGAAAUCUUCAAAUUCAGAUAAUUCUAGCUAACUUAAACUAAGUAUGCCAUAUUGUGCAUCAAAUUCGGUAGUUUUGAUUUGCCAUUGGUGACAAGAAAAUGUUUUAUGAUAUGAACCGCUUUUUGUGGAAAUAGUCAACUACUUUGAUAUCUUAGUUGAAUAGAAAUAUAUCACAGUAAACUUAAUUUUCUUUUCAGCUGACUAAAAUCCCUGAGAAACUAGAUUAAAAUCCUGAAAAUUUACAGCUUCCUAGUUACAGGUUUGUAAUUUGAGCUGAGUCUGUUUUGUAUUUCAGUAUUUUAGGUUACAGGUUUGGAAUUUGAGCUGAGUGGUUUGUUAAAAAUUGGAAAAAUCUAUAGAUAAUUUAGACAACUAUUGAUAUUGCCUAAUGAGAUAUAUAUCAACAACUGCUUGUACUUACUGAUCUGAUUCAAUUCUAUUGUAGUAAACCGACACCUGUUCCAUAUAAAAGACUUCCCUGUGGUUUUCUUUGUUUGCAAUGUAGCUGGGAGUGGGUCCUAGACUUACAGGGCUGGCCUAAGAUUUGGAGAUCGUAUGCUAGCAGGAAACGGGGUGUGAAAAGAGGAGAUGAGGUGGCUGUGGCAAUGGGUGUAACUAAAUUGCCAAAUGUGUUAGAGAUUUUGGUGUAUUUAGGGAAUGUUUAGGAGAGAGUGUGGCAGCCAGAAGUUUGGAGAAUUCUGUUAUGGGCAGAGAGCAUAAGCCUCUCUGUAGGAGGCUCGGACCUGUGGUGAUAGGAUUGAUUUCCUUUUGUAUUUACUUUCUAUUAUUGAAUUAAUGCAAAAAGCCCCUUUUUUGUGCCUGUACGAGACUUUUGUUUCUCUGGUCAUGAAUAACGCAGGUGCAAAUCAUGGCUGUUUGUAUUAUUCAAUAACAGAAAGUAAAUACAGAAGGAAACCAAUCCUGUCUUGGAGCCGAGCUCCUAGGAGAGGCUAAUGCCCUCUGCCCAUAAUUGAAUUCUCCCAAAAUUCUGGAUGUCAUUCUCUUUUCCUACACAUUGCAUUCCCUAUCUAGCCCGAAUACUGCCUCACACAUUUGGUAAUUCAAUUACACCCACUACGUCUGCUCUUUUCACACCUUUGUUCUUCCUAGCAUGCACUCUCCAAAUCUUGGGUCUGCCCUGUAAGUCUGGUCCACACUUCCAGCUUUAUCAGUUUGUCUUAUCAAAUAGUGCAAUUGUUUAAACUCUCACCACUUUAUAUGACUUACUCUGAAAUCUGCCUAAGUUUCUGUUUUUCACCUUUGUUGCAUCUGUUACACUUGAAGUACAACGUCCACUGUUUCUUUUUUUCUUGUUAAGAAUUGGUGAGAAAAGAAAAUACAUGUGAAACUGAAAAUAGAUUUGAAUAUCGUAGGACAUGUGGUGUAACGGAAUGUGUCCCUAUCUCAUUUUUGAGAACAGUACUUUUUAAAUAGUCCAAGGUGGCAGAGGUCCUGCAAUUAACAUUGCUCAGGUCUCUUGACUAACUCUUUUAUUUGAUUUUCCUUUUAAAUUGUUAGACUUACACACUCUCUUCUUAAGGUGGCAUUGAAGUUGGUGAUGUGCAAGACAACAAAGAGCAUUAAACCCUUUAGAGUGUCUGCAGUCAAGAAUGAAUACAGCAUUGGCUUCGUUAACUCAAGUUCAUUAUAAAGUACAUGCUUCUACAUUCAGAAGGGUGAAUCCUAGAAACCAAGGAUUAUUGAAAUCUGGAAAACUAUUCCAAAACCCAGGAUCCGCCUUUCCUAGUAUUCACAUUAACCUAUCCUGCGUAUGCUGCACGAAGUUAACCCCGUGGGAGUCAUCAUCUGUCACAUAUGCUCCUACUGAUAAUCAAAGUGAUAAAUUUUUGCCUGAGAGCGCCAAUAUAUUUGAAACUCUUGAAUCUAGUAAAACUGCUGACUCAUCAACAGCGAAUGCUGAAGGGGCAGUAGAGACAAGGUCUCAGCCCAGCCUGGAGUUUCAGUUUUUCAAAUGGCCGUUGUGGCUUCUGGGUCCUUCUGUUCUCCUUGCAACUGGCAUGGUCCCAACAUUGUGGUUACCAAUAUCUUCCAUCUUUCUCGGCCCCAAUAUAGCCAGCCUGCUUUCUUUAAUUGGACUUGAUUGCCUAUUUAACAUUGGUGCAUCCCUUUUUCUCCUUAUGGCUGAUGCUUGUUCACGGCCAAAGUAUCCAACAGAAGAAUGCAAAAGCAAGGCUCCCUUCAGUUACCAGUUCUGGAACGUUGUUGCAACUCUUACUGGAUUUAUUAUCCCAUUGUUGUUGAUGUUUGGAUCUCAGAAAGGCUUUCUCCAACCUCAACUACCUUUCAUCCCGUUUGCAGUUCUACUUGGUCCCUAUCUUCUUCUUUUAUCAGUACAGUUUCUGACAGAGAUGUUGACUUGGCAUUGGCAAUCACCAGUCUGGCUGGUUACCCCUGUAAUUUAUGAGUCUUACCGUGUCUUGCAACUAAUGAGGGGAUUAAAGCUUGGGGUUGAGCUCAAUGCACCGGUAUGGAUGAUGCAUACAAUUAGGGCACUGGUCUGCUGGUGGGUGCUAAUUCUCGGUCUGCAGUUGAUGAGGGUUGCUUGGUUUGCUGGCUUAACAGCGCGAGCUCGUAAGCAGCGAUUGUCUUCUGAUACUUCUAGUGCUAAUGAUGAUUAGUGAUUAAUUAUUAUAAAUUUAUCCAGAAAGAUACAAAUUAUAAAUUAAGUGGAAGUGGUUUAAGUUUAGUUACGGGUGUUUUCCAUCCCACCCAUAUACCAUAAUGAUAUUGCUACACAUAAAAUAGAUACAUGCACAAGUAAAUUUGUAUAUAUACACUUGGUCACUGUAUUGUAUGCCGUAUCAUUGGUUGCUUUUGUUUGUGUUAUCUUCAAUUUGUGAACAAAUGGUUUCUGAUUUGUACUUCAAUUUAUGAAGAUGGAAGAAUUACAUAGUUGUUGGUUCAA